GUUCGAAACGUAGAACAUUUAACUCUCCGCUCCAACAGUUCUCAUGGCGUUGGAGCUCCUUCAUUAAAUCAAGAAGCUCCACUGCCUCUGAUUCCAAUGGCUCCUUCCUCUCUCCACCUGCUCCAAUAGAAAGAUUUCAGCUCUUCAUCUCUUCCUUGAUCUCAAACUCAUUGUAAUUUUCAGGGCGAUUGUUGAUACAGCAGUAACAAGUGUGUGUGUGUGUGUUUUUUUUAUUCUGCAUUGCUUCAAUGGCGGCAUUGGCGCCAGGGGUGCUGUUGAAGCUUCUAAAUGCCAUGAAUUCAGGUGUAACAAAGCCGGUCGGGGAGCACCGGAGCGCUCUUUUGCAGGUUACUGACAUAGUUCCGGCAGACCUCGACGAAAAAGACCUAUGGCCGAAACAUGGAUUCUACAUCAAAGUCUCUGAUUCAUCACACUCCAUCUAUGUCAGUUUGCCAUUUGAUCAAGAUGACCUUGUUCUUAGCAACAAGAUUCAGUUAGGCCAAUUCAUCUAUGUAGAUAGACUAGAGUCAGGAUCCCCUGUUCCGAUGAUCAUCGGCGUGAAACUGUUGCCUGGAAGACACCCUUUAGUCGGCACUCCUGAACCGAUAACUCGAACAAAAGGCAAUGUAGAUAAAUCAUCAGUAAUAGCUAUGCAUAGGAGAGGCUCUUGGGGACCAGAACAACAAAACCAUGAGUCUUCUCCUAAGGUUGUUAAGCCAUUGGUAUUGGAUUUUGAAGAAGAGAGUAAUUGUAGUACACCAGCAAGGGAAAGAGGAAAGCCGUGUUUGAUGUCGCCGAUGAUCCCCGGGAAGUCGGGAAUGUUCUUGAGAUCAUCUGUGAGUGGUGCUAUGGUUUCUAAAGGAGAGACCUUGGCUAAGAUAAGGAAGAGCUGCAUUGCUUCAAGGAUUCCAAGGAGCAAGAGCCCCUUCUCUAGUGAGAAGAACACAAUUACUACUCCUCCAUCCAAGUUGAGAAGAAAUCCUGCUACUGAGGAACAAAGCAAAACAAGUUCAGGAUUAUUACUGCCUGGAAAGCUUAGUACAAUUGGAAAGGAGGCUAUACAGAAUAGAGAAGCAGCUCAAAAGGUGGCUCUCCAAGCACUAAGAGAUGCUUCAGCUACUGAAACUUUAGUCAGAGUCCUAAAGAUGUUCUCAGACUUGAGUUCAUCUGCGAAAACAGAUGCUCCGGCAGCUUCUUUCGAUCGGUUUCUGAACUUCCACCAAGAAAUAACUCAGGCUGUUACAGAUAUGGAGGCAAUUCAAGCUGCCACUUCCAUUACAGCAACAAAUGAGAAAGAAGCUGCAGAUAAUUCAUGUGUUCUUCAUGAAUUACCACACAAUUCAAUUGACCAGAAUUUAAGUGCAUCCAAGAGAAGAGCAACAGCAGUAACUCUGGCAAAGAAUUUAAAAUCAAAUAGUAAUUCCAAUCAGAAGCCAUGCACAGACAUGACUUGCAGCAGUUUGGUGAAGUCCAUCAAAUUGGCCAAAGAGAUUGAAGCUGAAUCUGGGAAUUGGUUUAUGGAAUUCCUGGAAAUGGCACUGGAUAAAGGAAUGAAGAAAACAAAGGAUUCUUCAAAGGUGUCCAUUAAUGGCAGCUGCCCCCAGUCACUGAUACUGAAAGUUAUCAACUGGGUAGAAGUGGAGCAAAGUGACAGUAGUAAGAGACCAGUUCAUCCUAAAGCUGCACAAUUAGCUAGAAAAUUAAGGAUCAAAGCAAAGAAUCCUUGACUGUUUUUAAUAUUUUUUUAUAAAUAUUUUUGGGUUGUAUUUGUUGUUCAUUAGAAACAUAUACGUUUGAUCUUUGUGUGUUUACAUAGAUGACUUCUCUUUGCCUGAAUAAUGUUAAGUAGCUGUGUAUUUUUGU